GCCCGCGGAUGUACUUUCACUCUCUGCGAUCUGUCGUUCCUAUUAUUUUCUUCUUCUUCUUUCUCAUCCUUUGUUUCUCUCUCAUUCGUUCCUUUUUUUGUCCGAGUGUUAUGAUCUGAUGAUGGCCAGCGUUCAGGGUGUUAGUCGCAUUGAGAGCUGUUGACCGUCCGAGCGCCUUGGUGAUGCUUGGCGUCAUCGUAAUGUGUGUGUGACAGCUGCAGCUGAUGUUACGGCCAGGCUCUGUGGAUGAUAUGAACAGUAAAGGUGCCUACACUGUUAAUAAGAUGGAGACGAGCCCAUCGCCAACACUUCAAAGACGUGAGAAGCCACCAGCACAGCAGAUGAAGAAGCCGACCUCGGAGGCGGUGAGGGGGGCCAUCCAGCUGGGGAUCGGCUACACGGUGGGCAACCUGACCUCCAAGCCCGACAGAGAUGUCCUCAUGCAAGACUUCUACAUGGUGGAGAGUGUCUUCCUGCCCAGUGAGGGCAGCAAUCUGACACCAGCUCACCACUAUCCUGACUUCCGCUUUAAGACCUACGCACCGCUGGCCUUCAGAUACUUCAGAGAGCUCUUCGGGAUCAAGCCUGAUGACUACCUGUACUCCAUCUGUAAUGAGCCUCUGAUCGAGUUGUCCAAUCCCGGAGCUAGCAGCUCCUGGUUCUACCUGACCAGCGAUGACGAGUUCAUCAUUAAGACGGUCACGCCCAAGGAGGCCGAGUUCCUGCAGAAACUGCUGCCAGGAUACUACAUGAACCUGAACCAAAACCCGCGCACGCUGCUGCCCAAGUUCUACGGCCUGUACUGCGUGCAGUGCGCCGGCGUCAACAUCCGCCUGGUCGUCAUGAACAACGUGUUGCCGCGGGCGAUGAGGAUGCACUACAAGUACGACCUGAAGGGCUCCACCUACAAGCGGCGGGCGUCCCGGAAGGAGCGCACCAAGUCCUCGCCCACCUUCAAGGACCUGGAUUUUCAGGAGAUGAUGCAGGACGGGAUCUUCUUCGACCCGGACACACACAGCGCCCUGAUGAAGACGCUGCAGAGAGACUGUAGAGUUCUGGAGAGUUUCAAGAUCAUGGACUACAGCUUGUUGCUGGGGGUGCAUGUUCUGGAGCGGGGGUUACGGGAGAGGGGAGGCCGGGGCGACAGCAAGAAGCAGAAGGUGCUCUACUCUACCGCACUCGAGUCCAUCCAGGGCGACGGGAAGGCCUCCCUCAAACCCUCCAAACCCAUGCUCGACGACGAGACGCUGGGUGGCAUUCCUGCCAAGCAUAAAGAUGAGAAGUUGCUGAUUUUCCUGGGGAUCAUUGACAUUCUGCAGUCCUACAGAUUCAUCAAGAAAGUGGAGCACUCGUGGAAAGCCCUAGUUCAUGAUGGGGACACCAUCUCUGUGCACAGGCCCAAUUUUUAUGCCGAUCGAUUCCUGAGGUUUAUGGGCAGUACAGUCUUCAAGAAGGUCCACCCAUUGAGAGGGAUGUCGUCUCGUAGGAAGCGUGCCUCUCUGCAGAAGGGGCCUCAGCGGUCCGCCUCGCAGGAGAUGCUCUCUACACACACGGAGGAGGAACAGCAGCAGCAGGGACGCAAGACCCAGAGCAUGGCCAGCCUGGACAGCCCAGAAAUGUCCAGCGGAGUCCAACCUGACGUGGUGCCAUCAACGGCCGUCCUGAGUGAGGCGUGUUCCGCCCUCUCUCUGUCCUCAGCGGAAGAUGACAGGGAUGAGCGGCGUGGGUCCAGCGCCACUCUCGUCCUUUCCUCCACGCCCCCGGCGAAAACCCCGCCCACGUCCCCCUCCUCCAACUGCUCCGAGCUGGAUGUCUACUUGGUGAGCCCUUGACCGAGAGCAGGGUUCUCCUAAUGAAGACUAGAAACGACAUGUGACGCGUGGCCUCUUCAUCCAUGCUCCAACAGCGACCUCUGCUGGGCAGAGUCCACGCUGCAUCCACCACCGAGGCCUUUCACUGUCUCCUAUACACUGCUGCUACUACUACGCCCUGAGUAGGCCUCAACUAGCAUCACCUAACCAAGUGAUGGUGAUAAUCAGGGACUGCCAAACGACCCCUGAGUGAUGAUUAUCAGGCAUUACCAGAUGAACCGUCCUUCACUUCAGAUUAUGAGUCGAGACGUCAAACAGAUGAACCGCUAGUUAGGAUUACAACGCGGCACUAGCCAAACAAAUGAACUCUGAGUGACUGUCAUUCGGACAGAUAGAGCUCGUCUACGUUGUAAUGGCUUCUUCGGUCAAGCCAUUAGUGUCCAAUCACAUGUUUUAUUUUCCUCCAUUUGUGCGGACCUGGAUAUUCUUGUGCAGAGCACUCUUCAAAUCAACCGUUAAGGACAUGAACUAUGUAAAUGUGUGCCAUAUAUGUGUGUCCGGCCUCUCCACCUAAAGGCAGUCUGUCUAAUCUGAAUCCUUUCCCAUUUCAUGUAAUCUCCAUCCAUGCCCCUCCCCCUUACUGCAGUUCCCUCCGUCUCUUAAGCCCUGUCCCAGGGGCAUAGCGGCAAAUUGUGGGCCCUAUGUACAAUCAGCUCCAAUGGACCCCCCCCCACCCCCCAGCCAUAUAUCUACAUAAAUCAGACUGUUUGUGGGCCCCCUAUACACAUGGGGCCCUGGUGACUCAGUCCCACUUAACCCGCCCUGAACGACACCCCUGCCUUGCCCCAUUCUCAUCACGGCAGUGGCAUCUCCCCCUCUUUGAACCCCUCUCCAUGUCAAGGAUCAAGGAUCGUUUAUCCAUCACAUUUGAAGCCAAGAUUCAAGAUUCAAGAGUUUGUUGUCAUUGUCAAAAAAAGGCAACGGAAUUGUGUUUGGGGUACAAUACUUAGUAGCAGCAGGUUUUCAAAGCUAAGUGCACAAAAGGUAAAAGUGACACCAGUGCUUGACCCUCCCAGUCCCCCCUCCAUCCCAAGCAGUAAAAUAUGCCUGUGUGGUACAGCCCUCCAUGGGACCUAAGAUCACAAAAAAAUAAUGAAUGGGAAGAAGUCAAUGGAGAGAAAGUUAUUUUCUGGCCCAACUUGCCUUAUUGGUUGAAUUUCCCAUGAAAUGUUUGUCAAUUUUAAAUGAUGACUUUUGGGCACACUUUUUUCACAGACUAAUACAGUGUAGUUACUAGUAGUUACUACUAGUAGUUAUGUGCAUUUGUGUGAAUUCAUCAAUAAUGUAAAUAAUGUUCUUAAGCAGAUUAUGACAUUAUUUGCCAUUUGUGUGCAUAGCAUAGAGCAGUGGUUCCCAACCUAUGGGUCGGGACCCAACCUAUGGGUCGCCAAAGAUCCACAGUGGGUCGCGAAGCCCUCUUGAUUUUAAGGGGUUUAAUUUUAAUACAAAAUUUGAAUAAAUGACAAAGCAUUUAAACUAAUAUAUGGAUAGAAGCAACAAAAUGUAUGUGAUACAUUAAACAGUUAUUCUAUAUUUGACUGAAGACAAUUUGAGGAAUAAAAUGAUACAGUAACUACUGAGUUUUUGCAGAAAACACGCGCGCGAUUGGGUCACCAAAGCUUAAAAUGGUAAAAACAUGGGUCCCUGAAGAAAAAGGUUGGGAACCACUGGCAUAGAGAACUGUCUGAGUCACUGACUGAUUGUGCAUCAGCUCUAGCUUUUCUGGAUCGCAGAGUUUGAAAGAGAGAUGAUUCAGACAGUGAUGAUGGGGAGGAUGUAGCAGUCUUGCUGAGAUGGCAGCAUGUAUACAGUAAAUGGUGUGGUGUUAAUUCAACACUUACAGAGUUCAUUUAAAUCCAAAUGGACUCAAAUGAACUCUGUAAGUGUUAAAUGAGCACUGCAGAAUUUACUGUGUAGUUGAAGGAGAGGAUUGUGCACAUCCCAGGAAACGGUGCAGGGCGAAGGCCAACUGUACUUUUCAAAGGCAGAAGUCUGCACACUUAAUAUGCUUUUCGUUGUCUUGUAUUA